UCUCUCUCUCUAACACAUGUCAGAGUCCGGCCCUUUACCUUGAACAGAGGUAAAUAAAGAAACGUAACUCCGCAAAGCCGACUCUGACUCUGGACUCCAAUUGACUUGCAGAGCCUCACUAAUGAGAGAGGGGGUAAAACCGGAAGUGACUUCCAUUUCGCAGUUGAUUUCGGGAAAACUUCGCCAAGUGCAUGUAAAAGAUGGGGUUUAUGUGGGGUAGCCCGCCGUUUGACUCCGUGAUCGCGACGGCAAACGAUGGCAUCUUGGCCGUUGGAUCUCGUAACCCUUUUCCUCAUCAUUCUUUCUCGAAAUUACUGAAACGACCCUCAUUUCGAAUCUUGGAUGUUGGAUCCCCUCUCUGUUCCCGUGGUCAAUUCUUGAAAUAUUAAGGGUGAAAGUAACACGUGUAGCUGACCUCUUUGCAUUGUAUUGCCACGUCAUCACCUGGGCCCGGCCUUUUUUUUGUUUUGGAGCGAGCGGAAAAGAGGAGCAUUGAGCCAUUGACACAGAGCAGAGUUUCCACUCUCUCCUCCUCCCCUUCUUCUUCUUCAUCUUUGCCCUGCUUUUGCUCUCUGAAAAAAUGUGAAGAAAAGCAUCAAAUUACAUAAAAAGAGGCGUCUUUUCCGAGCUUAUAAUGGGAAGCGGAGCCUCACGUCACCUCCGAUCAUGCCUCCGGCCGUCGGCCGUCGGCGGAUGUGGCGGAGCCGGUGAGGAGAUCCCGGCUUUCGAGCCGGGACCACUUGAUGAAACCCUAGGGCACUCCUUCUGCUACGUUCGUUCUUCAUCCCCGGUGCACUCGCGCUCCUCGUCAGCCGCCUCGGCGGUGGAGAUCGCGUUUAAGGCCAUUUCCGGCGCCUCCGUGUCUGCGAACUCCUCAACCAUUCUCCCCAUCUUCGACAACUCCACCUCAAGUUUUCACUCCGCUGGAUUCCAGAGCUCCUCUUCCUUCUCCACCCUACCGCUUCAGCUAGCCGGCGAUCUGGACCGCGGGUUCUUCCUCUCCGGCCCGAUCGAUGUCGCGGACACUGAGGCGGGUCUCCCCUUCUCCGGCCCUUUGGUCAAGAAGCGGAGGAAGAGGAGAAAUAGCACGCCGCUUUUCCGGCGAAGCUUCUCGGAGAAGAAUCGCCCAUCUGUGGUUCCCCUUCGUGGAAUCCCUGGACGGAGAUUCGAUCCUGACACCGGCGAAGCGCCGGGGCCAUCGCCGGCUUCCGGGAACGUGCAGUGGGCCCACGGAAAAGCCGGCGAAGAUCGGGUUCACGUCGUCGUCUCGGAGGAGCAAAAGUGGCUCUUCGUCGGGAUCUACGACGGGUUCAACGGGCCAGAAGCCCCCGAAUUUCUGGUGGGCAAUCUCUACCGUUCUGUAUUUAAUGAGCUGCGCGGUUUGUUCUGGGAAGAAAUUGAGGAAUCUAAAGACGAAAGUGGCGAAAAAGGUGUCCCUUUAAGAGACAAUUCUGGUAUACCUGCCAGGCGUUUGAGGGAAUUCCUAGCUGAAAGAGAUGAGGAUGGUGAGUUGGAGUUUUCGGGUUCAGGUCGGUUUGCCUUGUCACUCUCCAAGCUGAGAAGUGGGCUUGGUAGCUGGAGGAAGAAGGCCAAGGAAAUCCAAGAUGCGCCGGAGAGGAGUUGUUGCCGGAGGAAGGUCGGGCCGGUUUCUGAUCAUGAUUUGGUGCUUAGAGCUCUUUCAAGGGCGCUUAAGCAGACGGAGAUUGCUUAUUUGGAGAUGACAGAUAGGGCAAUGGAUUGUAAUCCAGAGAUGGCUUUGAUGGGAUCCUGCUUGCUUGUGGUGUUGAUGAGGGACGAAGAUGUGUAUGUUAUGAAUGUUGGUGAUAGCAGGGCGAUUGUAGCUCAGUAUAGGUUGCAGGAAAGUCUGGAGAAGGGUGGAUAUGAAGUAGAGAUCGAUGCUCCAUUUGGUCGAGAGGGGAUGAAUUUGGGGGCAUUGCAGCUUUCUACCGACCACAAUACCAGCAUUCCUGAAGAGGUUCUAAGGAUAAAAGCAGAGCAUCCUGAUGAUAGCCACUGUAUUGUAAAUGAUAGGGUGAAGGGCCGCCUCAAAGUUACCCGUGCUUUCGGUGCUGGAUACCUCAAACAGCCCAAGUGGAAUAAUGGGUUACUAGAAAUGUUCAGGAAUGAAUUUAUUGGAAAUGCACCAUAUGUGUCCUGUAUUCCUUCUCUUUGUCACCAUAAAUUGGGACCAAACGAUCAGUUUUUGGUGCUUUCCUCAGAUGGUCUGUAUCAGUAUUUAAGCAAUGAGGAAGUGGUUGUGCAUGUUGAAAGAUUCAUUGAAAGGUUUCCAGAUGGCGAUCCUGCCCAAAGUUUGAUUGAGGAGCUUCUGUUUCGUGCGGCGAAGAAAGCUGGAAUGGACUUCCAUGAACUGUUGGACAUACCUCAGGGUGACCGGCGAAAGUACCACGAUGAUGUAACUGUCAUGGUUAUAUCCCUAGAAGGAAGAAUAUGGAAGUCCUCAGGAAAAUAUGUGUGACCUGCUAAGAACUGAAGGCUCAUUUCUGCAAAACUGUAUAACUCGAGCAUUUUUGCUAAUCCAUUCCAAGAAACAAGCGGGGAAGCAAGGGAUGGCUGGCUAAUCAGUUUCUGAACUCUUUCAAUGCAGCAACAUAUUCGUUACGCUUACUCAUGAAGAUCCGGUAUUAGCUUCAAAGAAUCAUAAGACAUUAACAAAAUGACGAUGGUUUGGAAAGAUGAGUUAAUAUAUUGCUUCCUUUUGGUGGGUUCGUAUUGGUUUAUUCUUUCUGUUUUAGGGGAUGAAUGGAAAUGGGGAAAUUGUUUUUUACAAUUUUCCUUUAUGGUAUUCUUUCAUGUGUUUUGGAAGGGAAAACAAUGGCAGAUCUGCUGCGUUGUAUGCGAUAAAACUUCUGAAACAUUAUAUUUUAGUGAGUGGUAAAAGGAAAACGGGAUUUAUCUGAA